AGUUUUACUGGAGACCAGCGCAUCCCAGCAUACAUACACACGGUACUGGAGACUGAGAGGGCAUCCCAGCAUCCCACACACUGACUACUACUACCGGAGCCGCCUCCAGCGCAUCGCAGCAUCAGCACCACAGAGCUGAAACGUCCAGGAUCAUCGGACUGACACUCUUUUUUUUGGGGUGUGUAAUUUUGUUUCUCGCCGGCUUUUCUGAACAAGUGGAUACGCUGCCAUGUCAAAGUACACUGAAAUAUGUAUAGGCGUGCGUGUCUUGUUGUGUGACAGCUCUGCUCUGCCCUAAAAGCAUCUUAUUAUUAGACGCCUCUUCUUUCCAGCACUGACUGACUGACUGGCACACACCACGCUCCUCUCACCGAUGCGUCACAUCCAAGAGCGCCGGGACAACAACCAAACUGGCUCCGGUGGUCCGAUCUGCAGCUUCCCGUGUUGAAAUCUACAUUUUUUUUUGGUUGAAAUUGCGUGUUUUUUGCCCUCGGAUUCAAUGAAGGACUGAUUAUUUUUUUCACCUUUUUUUUUGGCUUUUCGAACCUGAGAGAGAGGACGUGUUUUUGUUUUUUUUUCCUUUGGAGCCUUUUUACGCAUGCAGGGAGAAAACUGUGUUGACACCUGAUCGACUGGCUUCUCCGCGCACAUUGACCAGGAGAAAGCAAGAUAUACUCGGUCAAUGCUCGACCCUGUGUUGUUGAUUUUAGUUUGAGUGUGUGCGCUUCAUUUGUGUGGGUGGUAUAUAGCCCAAAACCAAAAGCCAUGGUCCACUGCGCCGGCUGCGAGAGGCCUAUUCUGGACCGCUUUCUGCUCAACGUGCUGGAUAGAGCCUGGCACGUCAAGUGCGUGCAGUGCUGCGAGUGCAAAUGUAAUUUGACAGAGAAAUGUUUUUCUCGAGAGGGGAGACUGUACUGCAAAAAUGAUUUCUUUAGGUUCGGCACGAAGUGUGGCGGCUGCUCGCAGGGCAUCUCUCCCAACGACCUAGUCCGGAGGGCCCGCAGCAAAGUGUUUCACCUCAACUGCUUCACCUGCAUGAUGUGCAAUAAGCAGCUCUCCACCGGCGAGGAGCUCUACAUCAUAGACGAGAACAAAUUCGUUUGUAAAGACGAUUACGUAAACAACGCCAAUGCAAAAGACGGCAGCCUCCUCUCAGUAACGGCAUGUAGCGACCCCAGUUUAUCACCGGACUCUCAAGACCAGCUACAGGACGACGUGGUCCUAAAGGACACGGAGAUAGCCGCCCUGUCCGACAAAGAGGCGGUGAAUAACGAGAACGACGACCAGAACCUCGGCGGGAAGCGGCGCGGCCCGCGCACCACUAUCAAGGCCAAACAGCUCGAGACGCUAAAGGCGGCGUUCGCUGCCACCCCAAAACCCACGAGACACAUCAGGGAACAGCUGGCCCAGGAGACCGGACUCAACAUGAGGGUCAUCCAGGUUUGGUUCCAGAACCGACGGUCCAAAGAGAGGCGCAUGAAGCAGCUGAGCGCGCUGGGCGCUCGGAGGCACGCGUUUUUCCGGAGCCCGAGGCGGAUGAGGACGCUGGUGGACCGGCUGGAGCCCGGAGAGCUCAUCCCCAACGGGCCCUUCUCCUACUAUGGAGAUUAUCAAAGCGAGUACUACGGCCCGGGAAGCAACUAUGACUUCUUCCCUCAGGGGCCUCCGUCGUCGCAGGCCCAGACCCCGGUCGAUCUCCCCUUCGUGCCCUCCUCGGGCCCCACGGGCACCCCCCUCGGAGGUAUGGACCACCCCCUGCCGGGCCACCACCCCUCCAGCGAGGUGCAACGCUACUCCGAUAUAAUGUCCCACCAUCCGGGCGACUCUCCCAGCCCAGAACCCGGCAUCCCGGGACCCCUGCACAGCAUCUCAUCCGAGGUGUUCGGCCCUAGUCCGCCCUUUACCUCACUGUCGCUGAACGGCAGCGUAUACAACAACCACCUGUCCCAUCCGCCCUCGGAAAUGAACGAGGGCACUGUGUGGUAGCUCUCCGAGAGAGUGGACUCUAUACUGACGAAGGAUUCGGUUAACGGAGGGUGGUGAGGUUUUGGUGGUGUUGGGGGGCUGGGGUCGAGAACAGGGAAAUGGAUAUCGACAGGGUUAGGGCGACGCCAUUGAAUCAUCUUUUUUUUUUUUUUUUUGGUGUUUUCAUAUUUAUUUAUUUAUUUGAUUUGUUGAUCUUUUUUUGUGGGUAAAGCGUAUCCGGCAUAAGGCUCAAAAACAUUGUCUUCAGUAUUGUAUUGUUUGGGUGUUUCAAUUGCUUCUUUCGCCAACCACCCCCCCUGCCCACCCCAAGACUGGACUCACAAAAAAAUGGGCGAGACUACAGAACUGCCCCCCAUUCACCCCCCUCUUUCUUUGAGCCCCCUGUCACCCCCUCCUGACUCCUGUCAGCGCAGCGGCCCGGCAUAGCGACCAAACCCCCUAACACUCACCGGUGGGGUAAAAAACAGCCCUUUCCAAAUCUCCUAUAGUAUGUCCCGAACACAAAAACAUCAUUAGCUACUGUCAAAGACUUCAAUAGCUUUACAGAGAGAGAAUAAAGGGGCAGAGGGUUGAUCGUGUGCUGACCUGGCACUGUAGGAAGGCUGAGCGGCGUUCAGACUAUGUUCGAGGCACCAGACUUGUCCCUUGUAUUUAUUCAGAAGCUCCUCAGACCUCUUUGCCUCUCAAGGCUCUGCCAUAUUGACACUUAACCUUUUUGACACUAUGUUUCUGAAGGCCAGAGGAAAUGACAAUUUUUUCCUCCGUCUGGGCUAUUUGUUUCUUUUCUUUCUUUUUUUUCUUUUUCUUUUCGUGGUUUCAGAAUUUCCACCAAAUCUGAAGAAAGCCGCCUUGAAAAGGCAAACAGUAAAAACCCUCUACGGAUUGCAAACCCUUUAUUUAAAAUGGAAGUGAACUUGAAAUGUUGAAAUGAAGUCUACCUUCUAAAAAUCUUCUACUGGGGUUCUAAAUGGGACUUAGAACAGUCAACUGUUUACGUAAUCUAUUUAAUUCAGGAGUCCAGAAGUCUCGAAAACCAUGUUUUAGAACCUCUCGAUCCAUAUAAAAAUGUUCCAAGCAACCAACCAAACUUUUGUAUUGAUUUCAUUUAUAUUGUAUGGAGAUAAAAAAAAAAAAAAACACAUUUGCUGGGGUUGUGGUUCACUGUGCUAGUUUGUACAAGAUGUUGUUUACAAAAAAGGUUUAAAAAAAAAAAAAUACAAAAACAUAAGUAAAGUAGACAUUUGCCAAAUAAAAAAAAAUAGCACAAUACUGUUAAAGUGCUUUGCACCAUCAUCUGCAGAAUGUGUUGAGACAAAAUGUAAGUGUUAAAAGGAGUAAUUGACUUCCUAAUUUUUUAGUCUGCUGAAGAUACAUUCAUAAAAUUGUUAAUAUAACAUACUUAGACAGGUUUUAUUUUUGUGUCUUCGAAGGAGAAAAUUCCAAACUAUUAAAAAUUGAUGGUCAAAUAUGCAGCUAGUAGCUGCUACAUCUCUUUGAAUAUCAAGCCCUCAUGGUAUGUCUUUUAUUGUUCCAAUAAACCUAAGCUUAUGUGA